GGAGAGGCGAGGAGGGCCUGAGCUCACAGUCCUUCUGCUUGCCAAGCGUGCUGAAGCUCGCAGCCGGUGCUAUCGGAGCGAGCUCCGCUGUCUUAUCCACACUGGAUUUAUUUUCCCCCUCCCUUUCCCAGCCGUUCUCUCCGCAUGCUCCUAAUCUGACAGCGCCUGGUAAUUAAUCUGGCUCCCCCAGCCGCUGCAAUAGGAUUAGAGGGAGGGGAAGUGCGUCACGAGGCUUCUUGGAAAUUGAGGAAUGCAAUUCUGCCACCAUGAUGGAAGGACUGAAAAAACGUACAAGGAAAGCCUUUGGUAUACGCAAGAAAGAAAAAGAUACUGAUUCCACAGGGUCACCAGACAGGGAUGGCAUCCCUCCCAGCCCUCAUCCCAAUGAGCCACCUUGCAAUAGCAAACCUGAGAAUGUGCGUGCAGGAGGAAAACAAAAUUCGAAGAAAGCGAAUGGGGCCCCGAAUGGAUUUUAUGCAGAGAUCGACUGGGAUAGAUAUAAUUCACCUGAGCUUGAUGAGGAGGGAUACAGCAUCCGACCUGAGGAACCAGGCUCUACCAAAGGAAAGCACUUCUACUCCUCUAGUGAAUCCGAAGAGGAAGAGGAGGCACGCAAGAAGUUCAACAUCAAGAUCAAGCCUUUGCAGGCUAAAGACAUCCUGAAGAGCGCAGCAACGGUUGACGAGCUGAAGGCAUCGAUAGGCAACAUUGCACUUUCUCCAUCCCCUGUGCGGCGCAGCCCGGGGACAAUUAAGAGGAAUUUAUCCAGUGAGGAGAUUGCGCGACCUCGGCGUUCCACGCCGACGCCGGACCCUGCCAGCAAGAAAGUGGGAGAGGACCCCGCUGCACUGGCACCGCUCUUUGGGCCCCCGCUGGAGUCAGCGUUCGAGGAGCAGAAGCUGGACGCUACUCUGGAUCAGCCUGAGAUAUGGGGAUCGGUCCAACCUGUCAACACAAGCGUAGAGUCCCCAAAGCUACCGAGACCUUUUCCAACUGGAACGCCUCCGCCACUCCCACCGAAAAACAUCCCGGCCACACCACCACGCACUGGCUCUCCUCUGACAGUGGGAAUAGGAGGGGACCAGACAGCAGCAGAGCUCAAAAGGGACAAACUUCCGUCCAUCAAUGACUUGGACAGCAUUUUUGGCCCUGUGCUAUCCCCCAAGUCUGCUGCUGUUAACACAGAAGACAAGUGGGUCAAUUUUUCUGAUCAAUCCCCGGAAAACACAACUCCGGAGUUGACACCCCAGGAAAAAACGGGGUCCCCGCCAGUGGCAGCGGGCAGCCCAGCUAAUGCUCCAGUGGCUGAGCCCUCCCGCCCGCUCCCUUCACCGCUUCGCCUGGAAGAUGUUCCUAAGAAGUUUUCUGAGCAGCCCUAUCUUAAGGAUGAUAACUUGGAGCCCGCCUCUCCCAAAGAUUUUGGGCUGGGCCAAAGAGCAACUCCGCCUCCCCCUCCACCGCCCACCUACCGGACGGUGGUCUCCUCACCUGGACCAGGUGCCAGCAGCGGCACGGGAAGCGCCAGUGGUUCCUCAUCCCCGGCUCGUCCUGGCACGCCGCUGGCUGCUUGCAGCACUCCUCCACCACCACCGCCCCGGCCUCCUUCCCGGCCCAAGCUGCCCCCUGGCAAGCCUGCCGUCGCUGAUGUGUCCAGGCCUUUUAGCCCUCCUAUUCACUCAUCCAGUCCUCCUCCGAUAGCACCUUUAGCCCGUGCUGAAAGUACUUCUUCCAUAUCUUCUACCAAUUCCCUGAGCGCAGCCACCACUCCCACUGUUGAGAAUGAACAGCCUUCCCUCGUUUGGUUUGACAGAGGAAAGUUUUAUUUGACUUUCGAAGGCUCCUCACGGGGACCCAGUCCCCUCACCAUGGGGGCACAGGACACCCUGCCGGUUGCUGCUGCCUUCACGGAAACUGUCAACGCAUACUUCAAAGGGGCAGACCCAAACAAAUGUAUCGUGAAGAUCACAGGGGAGAUGGUGCUGUCGUUUCCAGCGGGCAUCACGCGACACUUUGCCAACAACCCCGCUCCAGCAGUGCUCACCUUCCGCGUGCUGAACUACAACAGGCUGGAGCACGUCCUGCCAAACCCCCAGCUCCUCUGCUGUGACAACACACAGAGUGACACCAACACGAAGGAGUUCUGGGUCAACAUGCCAAAUCUGAUGACUCACCUAAAGAAGGUAUCGGAACAGAAACCGCAAGCCACCUAUUACAAUGUGGAUAUGCUCAAAUACCAGGUAUCUGCCCAGGGUAUUCAGUCUACUCCAUUAAACCUUGCAGUGAGCUGGCGGUGUGACCCUGCAAGCACUGACCUCCGCAUUGACUACAAAUACAAUACAGAGGCAAUGACCACACCGGUACCUCUAAACAACGUCCAGUUCCUUGUCCCUGUUGACGGAGGAGUAACCAAACUUCAAGCUGUGCUUCCUCCUGCUGUCUGGAAUGCCGAACAGCAAAGGAUAUUGUGGAAGAUACCCGAUAUCUCUCAGAAGUCAGAAAAUGGAGGUGUGGGGUCACUGCUGGCCCGAUUCCAGCUGUCAGAGGGACCGAGCACCCCAGCACCCCUGGCUGUGCAAUUCACCAGCGAGGGGAGCACACUGUCCAGCUGCGACAUCGAGCUUGUUGGCGCUGGCUACCGCUUCUCCCUCAUCAAGAAGAGGUUUGCAGCAGGUAAAUACUUGGCUGAUAACUGAUGGAAGCUUAUGCAAGUUUAAGGAAAAUAACAUGGAAAAUACCCAAGGACUGCUGUGCGUGGAACGGGUUUUAAUUACAGUUUAAGGAAAAUGAACUAAAUCCUGCACUCGGGACAUUUCUGUUGGAAGUGUCAACAACUUUCAGCAUUUUUUUCCUUGGAAAACACCAUCUUGACCAGUCCUACAGUAUUUAGUUCUAGAUGUAACAUUGUUAAUGGUUUUAAAAUGUAAUUAUUGUAUUUGUAAAUUGUACUCAUUCCAGUAAGGCUGUAUUUUGGCAGUUAGACACUUGAGUUUUAGCAUUUUAUCAUUCAUGAAAUGGAUGUAAUUUAAACUGUGGUAUAUAAAUUUAAUAGUAGUACCGUUGAAUGGCACAAUGCUUACAGAGGUAGAUUACAUUUUGUGAAUAUAUACAAUUUAAAUACAGUACUGAUAGCUGUAAUGAAGGGGGUGCCUCACAGAGACUGAAGUAGAACUGACAUGAUGAUUUACUUUUUAUUCAGUCCUCAGUAAGUCUCAUGGUGAUGAAUAAAAAGCUCUAUCUUCAGGUUUAACUGGUUUAACUCCAGAACAAUAUUUCUGCUAAUGUUGAGGUUCCUAAUACAGUCUCUCAGAAAAAAAAAAAAAGGCAGAAAAAAAUGCCACUUCUACAAAGAGCAUUUACAUCAAUUUCCAUUGUUCCCUUGCAAGAAACCUCCAUGAACAUGCCCUUGCUCUCUUACAGCUGUGGAUUAACCAUCAAGCGUCUCAGCAGCAUGUGUGCAGGCUCUUCGCCCCAUGCACUUAUAUUUUGCAGAAUUGCAAAUAAGGAAAUAAGCAGGCAAAGAAGCUGGGUAGCAUCUCUGAGCUUACAGCACUGUUUGGAAAAGUUAUUAAUGUUUUUAAGGACAUAUUUUCCAAGCAGUCUCCAGGUUUUUUAUUGCAUUUCUACAUUCCUUUGCUUGAUUAUCCCUUUUUUACCCUCCAUUUCUGAAAGCCCCAUAGGUGUAGAAAAUGCUUUAAAGACUUGCAGCGCCCACCCUGCCAUGCCUUUCCAUUUUUCCACUAAAGCAGGAAAGCGUAUAUAUGCAAACAUUGAAGAAGGAACGCAACCCAAGCCUGACCUUGGUGGGACACCCACCAGGGCCAGGGGAGCAGAAGAAACAUAUGGGUGGCUACCAAAAGCCCAUGGGGCAGGAGCCCACCAUGCUUGUCUCAGGAGCAGCUGUCUAAUGGGGAUGGGGAAAACCCAUAGAAGUGCUAAACUGGAGGCUGCAGGGGAAAAAUUGUCCUUCUGUGUGUUCCCUGAGCCAACACAGGUGCUGCUUCUCUAUGUGCAUCGCCUGUGUAGCAUGCAGCAUUUGGUUUCUAGCUGAUGUUAGUCUCAGCCUACUGCUGGCAACAUGCUGACAGCAUGCAUGGUAUUAAUGGUACAGUGUCUGCCAAGAUUGAAAGUUUGUUUUAGCAGAACAAUCUAGUGAUAUGGGGAAAAAAGAAUGGAUCUUUUUGAAAUGAGAUGCAGCUGAUGUUCAGGUGCACACAGCAUAGGAGCAUCCACUGAGUGAGGUGCUGGGGGCUCUAAAAGUGUGUGACAUGAUAAAUAGUGCUAAUUUUACAGUUGCAAAUGUUGCCAGGAUUAGGCUUGUGCAUGUAUUGAAAAACUUAGACUGUGCAUGUUGGGAAGUGCUUGCUCACAAAGCAGUUUGAAGUGAUGUAAGAAAACAGAAAUUCAUGGCCAUCUUAAAAGAAAAUCAGAAAAUCUGGAGAUAUUUCAGUUUUGAGAUGACUCCCAGACUGAGAUAGGUAUGAUGGCUGGGUUGUGUGCAUGCUCACAAAAGGUAUCAACAUAGAAGAUAAAGCACAAUUCAGCAACUUCAUACAUCGUGGCAGUUUUUGAAAGUACACUUGCCAGUACUCCUAGAUGGAGCAUUCAACUCCAUUAAUAAUUUUUCCCCUGAAAUGGAAAUAUGUAUAAACUGUGUAACCUACCCCUUUCUGGCAUAGGAAUAUAGGGCAAAAUCUAAGAAUCAGUUUUUGCAUAAUUGGUUCAUGCUAUGUACAAUUGUUAUAAAAUCAUGCUUCCAAAAGAGAUCUAUGUCUUAGUCCUGAAAAGAAGAAUUUUAUAAUGUAAAUAUUACCAGAACAUAGAUAUUUUACUUUAUAUUUCAUUUGAAAGACAAGGUGUUUACAUUAGCAUUGGGUUUUUAAAUGCUUUUUAAAAAAAAACCCAUAACCCAAAGCUCCCAAGCUUGUCCCAUUUGUGCUGUCCCACAAAACUGAGGUCACAUUUUCCAAGUACAUGUCGAUGCAAGGGUACAGUUGUUGUUGCCUGGGAAGAGAGGUGAGAAAGUCCUGUACCCUUUCUGGGACAAACUGGCUGGCAGAUUCAAGUUAGGUGUGCUGGCACGUUUGCAGCCCCAUGGGGACGCAAUCCCCCUCCAGCCACUGGCAGGUGACACAAAACAGCUAUUCCCAACCCAUGACCCUGGGACCAAAACCAGCGGUUUGGGACAGGUUUAUUGCAUCCUGCUUUUGCCAGUUUUUUGCAUAGUGUUUUAGUUCAUUAGGCAUUUGCUCAGGAGCAUUGAACUGCGUGGCUCUGCCUUCCCUCCCAGCAUGACCUUUGCAAAAAGAUGCUGUGCCGUAUUAAUGGUUUAGUUUUCCUGCCCUGCUGAUGUCUGAGCAGAGAGGCAAAGCAGCAGUGUGCCAAGGAGGCUUAUUUUGUUGGGUAUUUGUCUUCGCGUGUACCGUACAAGUGUGGUACCCCAGCACUACCCCAUGUGCGGAGGGGAGCAGGCCAGUUGAGAUUCUAAGUCUGAAGUGCAGAAGACUUGUUUUCUUUCCACCUGGCUUUGAGAAGUUGUCAGGAGAAAAAAGAUUGAGCAGCAGCUUGGGAUGUAUCAGACUUAAAUUUAGAGCAUCAAAUAAGGGCAAACAUAGGGCUGUUUAUCCCCAGUCUGGUGUCUGUAGUAACGGCAAGUGCCCCUGGCUCUGGAGAAGACAUGUAGGUUGUGCUACCCUGUUGUGAUCAGGGCACUCAAGCUUUGCAGGCUUCGCCUCCAAUUUUAGGCAGGUAAAUAUGUAUAUCUUUAGGGAAUGUAUCUGUUUGGUACUCCCUGCCCGCUGGCACAGAGCAGCUACGUCAGCAGGGAGUUGGAAAGACAGCAUUGAUUCGGUUGGCUGUAAGUCACCUGCGUUUCCAAAGCUAAGCAUCGGUGCUCUGUUUCCAGGCAUGUAGGUCAGUAGGUCUUUUGCCAAGUUGAGCUGAGGCUGAAAAGAGGGCUCAGCCCUCCAGCACUGCUUAGCACUGGCACCCUUAGCUUAGCAGUCCUCAGAAAUAAGUGUCUGAAUGAAAAAAAAGAUGAAUAAAGGAGGUGUUCAAAUAAUAAAUGUGUGAUGCACACACAGAAAGGCUUUAGCUUGGUGACUUCCGAGGAUCUAUGCCUUUAGUCUGUGUCUUCAGCCACCUCUUCCUGAGGGAUUUUCCUCUGGGCUCUCUAGUUAGCCGCCAGCAACCCAUGCCGGCAGUGUCAAGGCGCCUGCCAACAGAGCAGGAGUGGUUUUCCCCGUGGAAACCUGCAGAACUGGGUCUUUAGAAGUUAAGAAACAGGACAUGGGUGUUUUUGCAACUUUACUUUUGUUUGUUGCAAAUAUUCAUGAUUCUCAGCCAGCUUAUGGUGCUUCUCACAGGAGACAUUUCAGACCAAUUUUCUACUUUAACAAUAUUUAUUAAUAAUGAUGAAAUUGCUUAACUGAAAUACUGCUGGAUAAUAAGCACUUAAUUUGCUAUUUGCAUUUGUUCUUAAAUAUCUCUUCCCUGUUGUAAAGCUGCUACUUUUUGUUUUCCUGUAAGGCCACUGUCCAUUAAACUCCUAUUCAUGCCCAGCUGGUGUGAGUUCUUGGUGCAUAUGUGUGGCUUCACUUGAAAAAGCUUUGUCACACAAGUGCGAUCUUGUACCAAGGAAGUUACACAACUGAAUGCUUUUCCUGAUGCAGGCUGAACUUAAAGAUAUUAGUGCUGUUAUUUGGUAUUUCAGUUAAAUUAGUUUUAACUUCAGUAUGUUCCUUUAGGCAUCCAUUUUAAGGGUUAUUUUUUAAACGUAGCUGAAAAAAAAAAAAUUCUGUACUUGUAAAGUUAAAAAGAGAUCCUGUUUGACCAGACAGGGAGGGGAUGGGGAGGCAGUUACCCAGGCAGGGUGCAGGACCCAAGCACACCCUUACUGCGAGAUGCUGUUGGGUAUCACAUGCAGCAGUGCCCAGGGCUAGGGCUGCAUGGCAAACACCAGAGAAAUAUGAUGCUUUAUCAUUUCGAAGCCACGCACAUCUGCAGGUGAGACUCAUUUGCCUCCUCCUUUUAACUUGAUCAGAGAGACCUAAAGUAGUUAUUUAAUGCCCAGGUGUAAAAAUCACUCAGCGCUUGCAGGAGUGAUUAUUUUCCCACUGAGGUCCCUGCUGAGACCUUAUCAUGCUGCCCAUGCCACCACAAGACAUACUUGUAUUCAUUUACCUAAUUCUGGGUCACUCAGAGCAGCCGGCAAUGGCACCCUGUUGAACUGCAGCUGCAGAGAUUCCUGCAGCGUGAGCAUCACAUAGAGUCACUACUUGACAUUCUCGCAGAAAAGCAUUUUUAACUGGCUGGAAUGUAAUGAAAAGGUGUCAUAUUUUUAAAUGACCUAAGAAAGAGUCAAGCAUCUUUUAAUAAAUAUGUUUGGACUGCUCCCACAUCUUCCCAUCUCCUUCAGCAGCGGUGCCGUUCCUGUGCCCAAUGGCACACAGUACAGUUCUGCAAUACAGAGGAAUCCUGCUCUGCCCAUGUUUUUGUUAUCCAAAUACCCAACUUUUACUUGAGAAAGCCAGUUCCAUAUGCUGAAUAUGGAGCAGUUUUUCCCUACCCUUUUGUUGGUUUUAUGUGAGGGUGUCUUGGUUAAAAGACUGAAUUUUGAAGCCUACCAUGAUCAAAAUAUGUAAUGUCAUCACGUGGUACUUCCCUAGUGAGAAAUUACUAUCUUAAGAUUUAAUUUCAUACUUGGAAUUCUUCUUUACUUCUUUUUCUCACACUUUCCCAAAAAAAGUAAUCUUGUGGAGCCAGGGAUUUUUUUAUCAUCAUCAUUUUUUUUUAUUUCCUAUUUCAUCGCAAGGCUAGAAAAAGAUCUGCAGAAAUACUCCCCGCCUCCUGUGCGACAUCCUCUAUCGUUUUAGGAAGGACUGCAGAUAACACUGCUGACAAUUGCUCUUGAAAAUCAGAACAGUUAAUGUGGCGAUGCUAUUCCAAGGUAUGCACACAAGCAGGACUUCACUACAGGCCAAGCAGUAUGAUAAAACAUGCCAGGUUUUAGCGAGGCAUUCUGAAUAACUUACUCUCUUGUUAGAAAUCUCUCUCUUUCUGGAUAAAGGGUGAAUUGCUGCAGGCAUGUUGUCCUGCUUCUGGGUUUGUCAUCCAUGCAAGAGGGGCUUUCCACUCUAAAACUCUCUAAGGCUGAUGAAAUCACAGAGUUACUUUGACGCCAUAAAACGUAUGGACACGUUAGCUGUGGUCUGAGAGAGGAAUCAAGUCUGGUUGUGGUUUGAAGCUCCGGUCCUGCGGCCGUGGGCUGGUGGGUGGAGGGCACGGGGUGCAGAAGAACCUUACCAUGGCACCUCUGAACCCAGAGGAAACCUCAGAAGUGAAUUGGAUUUCCCAGGGUAUCUCCCCAUAUCAUUUUAUCAACUCCCUUGUGUAUAAAAUGUUUAUAAAUAUUUGUGGAUUAAGAUACACAGGUCUAUUUUUAAGAUUUAAGUUAAGUGAGUUAAUUAAUGGCUGGCCUUUUUUGCCUAAACGUGCAAUGAGAUAUAUUAAAUCUUUAGUCUACGAUGGCCUAGGUACUGCUUAGUCUGUGAUGAAAACUUUGCUGCUUACCUACUGUUCUCAGAGAAAAAAACUGUAAAAGACAUACAGGUUUGUUGCACAAGGACUAUUGCAGCAAAGCUUUGUAUUUGACCACUGGUAAUAUGAAUGUGUUGUAUUGACUUGUUGAAGAUAAUCAUGAAACAACAUAUUUUAAAUGUUACUUGCCUUAUAGAUUAGAAUAUGACUAUGUGGAUAUCAUUUUUGUAAAUAAUGUUUUUUAUAAAUGUCUUUCCUCCAUUCACCUUUUCACCCAUUUCACAAAAUCUUGAAUAUGCAAUUAUUUACAAUUAUUUACCAUGCAUAAAGUUGCAACAAAUAAAUCCCCAUGUCAGAACAAAGUUUAUUAAUCCUAUACAUAAGAACUACAUUAAAUAUCCGAUUGAGUUGCAAUUUAAAUGUGAUUUUUUUUUUCCUUAAAAAUAAACAAAACCCGUAA